AUGGACAGCAACACACAGGCGGAGUGUCAGAGCUACGGCCCCAGGACCCAUCUCGCCACUGUUCUCAGCAACAGAGAAACAAAUGUUGUUUCCAGAUAUAUCUUGAGAAAUCCUCCUGAUGGGCCUGUCUGGAUUGGGCUCCAUGACUCUCGGCAUAACAGAGCAUGGACAUGGACAGAUGGCUCAAUCUACUACUACAGAGCUUGGAACAAGGGUGAACCUAACAAUUUGGACUGGAACGAAUACUGCGCGGAGCUGUUAGAUUAUAUGCGGUAUGAAAAAUGGAAUGAUAAUAUCUGCAGAAUGAAAAAUGCCUUCAUCUGCAAGUACGAGCUCUAAACAGGAGUACACCAGCUCCUGGGACGUGAGCGCGUUGCGUCCGGCAGCUCUUCAAGGAGACCCAUCCUGCAAACCGGCCUGCUGUGCCCCCUCCCCACACUGCUGUGCCCAACCAUGCCAGUCCUGCUCUCCUCUGCCUCCUCUCGCUCAGCUGGGCUCCCACGUCUCCUCUCCCCUCCUCUGAAUGGUCCCAGCACAGGGCGGUGAUAAUAAACGUCCCCUUGG